AUGUCAUCCUCUGACAACCCCAAGAAAGCUGACAAAGACCAGGAUGAAGGAGAGGGAGGAUUCUUCGACAAAGUUAAGGAUUUCAUCUCAGACAUUGGAGAAAAGAUUGAAGAAGCAGUCAGCUUUGGAAAGCCUACUGCUGACAUUACUGGAAUCCACAUACCUCAAAUUAGUCUUGAGAAGGUAGAGCUCAUUGCUGAUGUUCUGAUUACAAACCCAAACCCUGUACCCAUCCCUCUUGUCGACAUCGAAUACCUUAUUGAAAGCGAAGGGAGGAAGCUCAUGUCCGGAGCAAUCCCAGAUGCUGGAACCAUCGAUGCACAUGGCUCAGAGACUGUCAAAAUCCCCGUGUUGCUCAUCUAUGAUGACAUCAAGAGCACAUAUGGUGACAUAAAGCCCGGGAGCAUCAUCCCUUACUUGGUCAAAGUUAUUCUCCAUGUUGACAUACCAGUCAUCGGCAGGAUCUCCUUACCUCUCGAGAAAGCCGGUGAGAUCCCGGUGCCUUACAAGCCAGAUGUUGAUAUUAGCAAGAUCAAGUUUGAGAAGUUUUCUUUCGAGGAGGCGACCGCGACUCUACAUCUGAAUCUCGACAACAAGAAUGACUUCGACCUGGGACUGAAUGCCCUGGAUUAUGAGAUCUGGCUCUCCAAUGUGAGCAUUGCUUCUGCUGAGACGAAAGAGUCUACAAACAUCAAGAAGCAGGAAGUAACCACCAUGACUUUGCCGAUCAGCUUCAGGCCUAAGGAUUUUGGGUCUGCUAUGUGGGAUAUGAUAAGGGGAAAGGGCACUGGUUACACCAUAAAGGGGCAUAUUGAUGUGAACACUCCCUUUGGACACAUGAAGAUACCUAUUAGCAGAGAGGAUGGAACAACUCGACUAAAGAAGGAAGAUGAUGAUGGCGAUAACGAUGAGGUAUACUAUGUUAGUUUCUAUAGUGUUUCAUCUGCAAUUCCCCUUAGACAUGCAUCAAAUGUUGACUUGAUAAAUACUUGCAUGUACAUUUGGAUAUCCAUAUCACUUGUAUCUUACCCAUUGCCACUUUAUCCAGGACUAAAAAUUGAAGAAAUGCACUUUCCUGGAACAGAGUUAAUGCUUUGA